AUGUAAGAUAAUUAUGAAAAAUUGAGAAGCAAAUUCAAAUUGAUAUAACCCAUUAGUCUACCCACUAGACCAUAUCACAUUACUAUGAACUUUGAUGGUUCCACUAUUCUGAUGGUCACUAUUGAUUCAAAGUUACACCAUUUUUAAAGGAAUAAGAAUAAGUGGGAUCUUAUACUAUGCUAAUAAUUGCAUGAUUAAAUGAUAACCGUAUAAAUAAAUUAAAAAGGCACAAUUUUGGCUUAUAUUUCAAGAGGGUAUGAUUAUUUUUGGAUUGAAUAUCUUACUUUUCAUAAAAAAAAAUGGAUUUUAAAAAAUAAAUUUAAGUUGAAAUAAGAUCCAGAUCCUUAUAUAUCUCAGUAUAAUUUUCGAAUAUCGAAAAAUCUAUAAUUAUGCACUUACAGUUUCUAAUGGAAUAGAAACUAUUAAAGAAUCAAUGCAUUUUAGAUUACUAGUCAUAUCAAAAGAAUUCAAAGGUAAAAAAUUAAAGGAUCAGAAAUAACAUUUUCGAAUGAUUCGAAUUUUUUUGUAGUUUAGGGUUUGGAAAAGAUGGAUUUAAAGGUUUUCGAUAAUUUUUCGUUUAAUUUCAGGCUUUUUUAGUCAUAAUCUUUGAUUAAUAGUUAUAUUAUAGAAUCAAAUACAAGCAUAUUGAUCCAUACAACAGAAUUAAUUUUGUGGGAUUUCUAAACUAAUAAAAAGAAUAAGAUAUAGACUCCUUUUAGCAUGUUUUAAGAAAUGCAAUCACGUUAGAUGAUGAUUAUAGGGAAUUUAAUGUUAGUUUAAUUUAAUAAUGAAAUUGCAGUCUUUGAAUUAUUAUAAUAAAAAUUGAAGUAUUUUACAACUUGCAAUCAUGGUGGAUAUGACAGUAAACUUAUUUCUUGUGAUAGAUAAAUAAUGGUUGAGAAUAGCAACAUUAAAAAAAUUGAGAUUUCAUAAAUUUGA